CAACAAGCCGCUUGACGUGAGCAGUGAGCUUAAUUUUCAUAUUGCCUUUUCCGCCAUCUGAAUCCUUUCAGCUUUUAAAUAUAAACCCACAGGAACCCAAGUGUCUCAUGCUCAUUCUCAGUCUUAACAAUGGCCACAACUAAACCAUUCUUUCUUUUCACUCUCCUCUUCUUUUUCUCCCUUCUUAUCUCUUUCACUUUCUCCCGCACCAUUCCCUCUACAACAUCUCCUCUCAAUGUCUCCUCUGCUCUUAAACUAACAACUGAAAUUCUCAACACCCUCAAUGCUCAUUCAGACGUAGCUUUUCAGCCAUUUGCUCAAGAAACGAUACAACAACCCUUUCUCAAUUCUUCUUCGUUCUCGUUUCCUAUUCAUUCUAGAGAAAUACUCGAUAAAACCCAAUACAAAGACUACAAAACCCUCCUCCAAUCUCGACUCGAAAGGGAUUCAGCCCGAGUUAACUCUCUGGUUAAAAAACUCCGGCGUGCUCUGAACAAAGACGAGGUGAAAUCUACCGAUAAUCAGAUGCUCACUCAGGGUGGCGAAUUAUCGGCCCCGCUGGUGUCCGGCGAAAGCCAAGGGAGCGGCGAGUACUUCACUAGGAUCGGAGUCGGGUCUCCGGCGGAGCAGUUUUACAUGGUGAUCGACACCGGCAGUGACGUCAACUGGAUUCAAUGUAAACCUUGUGUUGACUGUUACGAACAAUCCGACCCGCUUUACGACCCGUCCGCCUCCUCGUCCUAUAAAUCUCUCUCUUGUAACUCUCCUCAGUGUGAUGCGCUCGACGUGUCAGCUUGUCUUAGAGACCAGUGUCUCUACGAAGUGACGUACGGUGACGGGUCUUUCACAGCUGGCAAUCUCAUGACCGAAACUCUGUCGUUUGGGAAGAGUGGAUACGUGGAAAGUGUCACUAUGGGUUGUGGCCACGACAAUCAAGGUUUAUUCACCGGAGCAGCAGGGUUACUCGGACUCGGCGGCGGCUCGCUCUCGCUUCCUAAACAACUCAAAACGAAAUCGUUUUCUUACUGUUUGGUGAACCGUGACUCGAACAAGACAGGUACUCUCGAGUUCAACUCACCUGUACCGAGUGAUUCAGUCACGACUAUGUUAUCCAAAAGCAACGAAACUAAUACUUUUUACUACGUGGGGCUCACUGGGUUCACCGUCGGGGGCCACAAGGUUCAGAUUCCGGAGUCCACUUUCGAAUUGGAUGAAUCCGGCAAUGGUGGGAUCAUCAUCGAUUGUGGCACCGCCGUAUCGCGGUUACAGACCCCAGCUUAUCAUGCUCUACGUGACGCGUUUCGAAAUGAAACAAGCGACUUAAAAUCCACAGGACCCUAUUCUUUAUUCGACACGUGUUACGAUUUAUCCGGAUUAUCAACCGUAAAGGUUCCGUCGGUGUCAUUUGUAUUUGCCGGAAACAAAUAUCUUGAUUUACCGACUGAGAAUUAUCUGAUUCCGGUGGAUUCCGAUGGGACUUUCUGCUUUGCAUUUGCUUCAACAGAUUCGUCUCCGCAAAUUAUAGGGAACGUUCAACAACAAGGGACACGUGUCACAUUUGAUUUGGCAAAUGAACGUGUGGGAUUCGCUUCAUAUAAAUGUUAAGGGCAGUCAAAAGCUUCCUAAUUAAGGGUAAUUAUGUCUUUUAUAGUGAUACGUAAGUGUAAAUGAAGUGUAAUUUCAUAGUCUUUAAAUUUAUGAUCAGGAGAUCUGAUGGUUAAAGUUGGCUGAUGAAAGCGAAAUUCACUCUGAUAAAUAACAUAAUUACAUGUCCCUCCUUUAAGUUUUUAUGUAAUACCGAGUUAUCCCUUUUGAUUAUCACAAAUAAUAAUUAAUCCAUUUGAGUUGAUGUUA